AUGGCUCCAAUUAAGAAGAAUCCUGCAAACCAGAUUAACUCCAAGUCUCUCAGGGCCAGAUUGGACAAGUCUGCCUCGCAUCUAUUCUAUCAGCCCGCGGGCACACGGUCCACACCUUCUCCUACCCAACGUACUCAAUCGCUGCUCCACGUGCCGAAACUGCUGUCAUCGACACAAAAUGAUCUACAGAGACUGGAAAAGGCUUUGACUGCGGCAAAGAGUGGGUCCUCCAAAAGAGCUUUCCAGAGUUUACCCAGGUCACUAAGACGACGCACUGCCAGUCAUAAUGUCAAACGCGUUCCAAAAAGAAUGAGAGCGCGAGCUUUGAGGGAAAUGAAAGAAAAGAAAGACGACGACGUGAAGGCCGGUGGAAAUACGAAAAAGAUAAAAGGCAUAUUACUCAAAAGAGAAAAGGGAUUGUCGAAAGCGCGCAAAUUGUAUCUCAUGCGAAGGAUGCGGAAGCUGCUGAGGUACACCACGCAUUUGAAGAGAAAAGGACAGUUGGCCAUAGUUUCGCCGAUGCUGUUUAGAAAGGCACUGAUCAGAAAUCAGAUGAAACAGUUAUCUAUCCAAAUCCGUGACUUGAAGCCAUCACAAUCACCCUUGAAUAACUCGGUGGGCUCGUUUGAUAACUCGGCAGCGUUUGCUCUUGCCAAAUUCAAACCACAUGCUAUAAAGUACGUCAAACGUCAAAGAGAUGCUGCAUGGCUGCCAACACAUAUAUGGCAUGCCAAAAGGGCUAAGAUGGAGAAGAAAUGGGGAUUUGCCAUUUCCCAAACACCGACUUUGAAGUCUCACAGAAAUACUCACAGAAAGAGUGUGAGAGACGGAUGUGUAGUCUGGGACACCUCCUACACUGGAACCAUGGUAUUGAGAUUCAUUGGAAAUACUGCGAAGGCUGAGAUGAAAGCGGUGCUGGAAUAUCUUUCACACAAUUCGAAACUAAAAGAUGGAAGAGCCUGGUAUGGAAAUAUCUUUACAGGCCAAGAGAUGAACGGUCCUGGUGAAAUUUUGAGAGUGAAGGAAGACUUGGCAGUGCGGGUGCACCCCGCGUUUUACAAGGUCGUUUAUACAAUGGUGAGAGUCAUGAGAAAGACCAACAACUUCUGCUUUGAGAUGGAAGAUUGUCGCUAUGCCUUAGGCUCCAUUGAUCUGGUUGGACCGAAUGCUCUCAACGCGGUGGCAUCUAUUCUGUACACAACUAACAAGAACAGUGCUCAAUCUCGGUUGUUUUUCAAGAUCCAGCAGGUCAGAGACCUCGACACUAUCCCUGUGGGAACAGCUAUCUCGCUCGAAUGCGAGGACCCAAGGAGAUAUUUGCACCCCACCAAACAUCAUUCACGAUUAACCAAUGACGAAAUGUUGGAUGCCGUUCUGGAAUUGUCACACAACAAAGGUGUUGAUGCCGACAUAGUCAAGCGCCUGUUGACAAAGGAAGGAAGAGUGAGCUCGUAUGCCAACCAGCCAUCGUUGAAAGACCUUGGCAGAAGAAGAGCUAACGCAGAUACAGAACGGACCAUUCCAAAAUUAUCUUCUGACCCCACCAUCCCUGUUUUGUUGGUCAGACACGAGAUUGGAUUCCGGUUGAUCUUACCUUGGUUUUGGGUUUUGCCUUUCUGGCACCAAUUGACCAAAGUUCCGCAUGUUUUUGUGGGUGGACUGAGACAGUAUCACCAGGUGCUGACUGAACGUGGUAUGCUUUAUUUCCCGACUGAUUACCCUUUCACUCCCAAGGGAAUGCACUCAUCACUUUUGGAUACGAUGGAUCUAGAAGACAAGUACGUAAAGAAACCUGCUGCCAAAAGAGUGAAAUACAGUCAGUUUCGAGUGUAUGAGGACAGAGAGCUAAGAGGCGAACACGGCACGCCAUUUGGCUCUGAUUGGACGUUUUUGAAGUUUCUUCGCCUGGUUGUCAAAGAUUUGAAAGAGUAUACCAAAGAAGGCGACAAACUGGUGGACUAUUUGAGUUCCAGACUGAAGGAUUCCAUCGCGGACAAACCAACACAGCCGUUUGUUCUUUCGUCAUUCUUCAAUAGUGAGAAGAAGUUGAAGGUCUGGUUGAGAGACAAUUGGCGCAAGAUCUACACCGCACCUAAUAUUGCGGAUAGACCCUCCAGGUUAAACAUGCUUGAGACGGCUGGGAUAGACGACACCGAGGAGGUCACAUGGAACAAUUUGUCAGUAUUUGGGAAAGAUCACCUGAAUCUCAGAAGUAAUCCUCUGAAUCACUUGGUGGAGUCUUUGAUUGAAUCUGCCGACUUUGAUGCGACAUUCAAGUCAAAGCUGGCGGGGGACCGCGGUAAUUUUGACACAGAAGGAGGCAAGAGAGUUGGUGAAACCGAGGAAUCAAAUGACAUCGAGAUAAUUGGUGCCCAGGAUUUCAAUAGGGUUCUAGAACCGGAUAUGGAUAAAGACCAAGAACUCCACUACUGGCUCAACCUAGCUGCAGAGAAAGACUUCGAUCAAGACCAGGUCGAUCUAGAUGAAGAACACAAAAGAAUCAUCGCAAACCCUCAAGGACUUCUAGAAGAGACAAACUUCUUCAUGGGCGUGUUCAAAAGAAGACCGAGGAAAAUAGCACAAUUGCCAAUCGAACUGGCAAGAGACCUGGAGGUUUGCCCAAAGCGAAACAGGCGUCUUCCCGUGAAAAUGAUCAAAUUCACGGUGAUUUCUACGGGAAAUCCCAAAAAACAUGCACGUGUAUACUCUAGCAAUGGAGAAACCAACCCGGGACCUGAGAAUAUGAUUGGAUACGUCACUUCGGCCAACUACAACAUGUCUCUUGGUAGAGUCAGUGGUGUUGCGUGUGUGGCUGCCGAGGAACUUCACGGAUAUCUCAGCAUUAGGAAUAUUGGUGAAACAACGUUUGCACAGAUUCAAUGGAGUGCUAUAGAACUGUGA